AAGAAGAGUAUCACAUGUCAUGAAGAAGAAAAAAAACAAGCAUGGCAAGAAUCAUCAGCAGCAAUAGUUCCUUAACUAAACUACAGGCUUUAAAUGGAUUGUUUGCGAUAUAUAAAAAACAAGGGCCGACUUCAGCAAACGUGCUGAACUCUCUCAAAGAAGUUUUACUCAGGGAGGCUGGUGUCGAAAACCCAAACUCGCGGAAGAGGAAGAAGCAGAGCCUGAAGAUGGGGCACGGCGGAACGCUGGACAGCAACGCGUGUGGGGUUCUGGUGGUUGGGGUUGGGAACGGGACAAAGAUGCUCACUACGAUGUUGGCUGGCUCUAAGAAAUAUGUUGCUGUAGGGCAACUGGGCAAAGCAACAGACACUCUUGAUGCCGCUGGCAGUGUGGUGCUGGAGAAAGACUUUGAACACGUAACCAGGUUGGAAGUUGAGGAGAAACUGAAAACGUUCACUGGUGACAUCAUGCAAGUUCCUCCACUCUACUCUGCACUGAAGAGGGACGGCCAGCGCCUGUCUGCCCUGCUGAUGAAGGGCCACAAGGUGGAGGCCAAACCAGCGCGGGCUGUCACCGUGUACAACCUGACCCUGCAGGAGUUCACCCCCCCGCUCUUCACCCUGGAUAUUGAGUGCGGUGGUGGAUUUUAUGUCAGAAGUUUGGUGGAUGACCUGGGAAAAGCUCUGUCGUCAUGUGCUCAUGUGAAGGAGCUAACCCGGACCAAGCAGGGCCAGUUCACCCUGGAGGAGCACGCCCUGCAGGAGGAGCAGUGGAGUCUGGAGCACAUCCUGAGGGCCCUGCAGCCCUGCCCCGAGGCCCUCAGCUGAGCAGGAGCCUGUGGCCACAUGGAGCAUCUUCUGUCAAAAAGCAGCAUGGCCGGACAAUAAGGAGAGCCUACUCCUGGCGUUCCAUACCAAAACAAAUCACAGCGUUUAUUUUAAAUUGUUAAUUUCACAACUGUAUCUGGACAACUCAUCACCGCUGUUGUAUGACGGACUAGCAUCGACCCGUUGGAUUUUAUAACGGGUUUGUGCCACAAUAUAUUUGUUUAAAAUGUUUUUUUACCAUGUACUUCCACGAGAAGAUUCUUGCUCUCAUAUUUGGAAUGAAGGAGCUUCAGCGCUCAGUCUGACAGCCGCAGAGCAAGGCGACAGAAGCACAACACUCACUGGCAGCAACAUCCAGGGUCUUCUCAGACCAUCUGCUCAAAUAAAUGGGCCUUUUGGUCUUUGUAAUGUCUCAAAGACACAGCCUAAAACAAGCUUCUACUGUGAUGUCACCAGCUUUCUUCUGAAACGUACCGAAAAUAUUUUGGCGUCAUACCCACUCUCCUCAUUGGAAACGAUUGAAAUGACAUUGGGCACAGGCCCAAAGUCAAGACUCACCUGCUCAGCUUCCCAGUGAAGAGAACAUUCCGUUAAACCUGUGGGUGUUUUACUUAAAGAAACACUUAUGUGGUGUCUGUCACUCAGCAGGGUCGUCUGCCAAUCUGAACCACAAACGGAGCCUGAUGCCACGGCCGAUAAUGGGCAAGUGAUGUUGAUCUCUCCUGGGGAGCAGGUGGCACCUCGCAGGAAGCCUCUACCUGAGAACGUGUGAAUGCUGACUGAGUGACUGUAAAUACUACAAAGUACUGUAUAAAUACAGACUACUUAAGGUGUUCAGCAAAUGACAAAUUGAGACAAACUUCAUAACCAGUUGUUUUGGAACUCAAUGGACUCAGAGAGGAAUAACCCAGUGUAACUCCUCUCAAUAUAAUCCUUUUUGUCUCUGAAUGACACCCUAUUUACAUUUUAGCUUCCUUCUCUCACUUGUUUAUUUCCCUCCUUGUAUUAUGAAGCUGCAUGAUGGAAUCAUAGUAUACAUACAUUCCAUCAUUUAAAACAUGUUCACAGGAACAAAAGAAUCAACAUACUGUUAGGGAAGAUUGCUUGACACACCACAGUUUAAAAUGUGUUGUCCAAUGUAAAACAGGCUAACCGUGUAAAGAAAUGGAGAAAGUCCUUUCACACUGGAGGAUUUCUGAUUUAUGCUGAACAGAUUUAAAAUAUUAGCUUAUUGUCUAUUCCCUUUACUAACAGAGUUUCUUCUUGCAGCCACAGUAUUUUGGGAUAUUCUAAGAUCAGCAAAACUUUAUUUAACUUGAUUUAUAUUUUUGAUCUGAUGGGAUGUUCAGUUAUGAAAAGGAACCUUUAGUAAAGCACCCGUUACCUCUUCUGUAGCACUACUGGAGAAGACACUUGAGUUAAUUGUCAUGCAAAUAAAAACUAUUUCUGUUGCUCCAAA